AUGGACAGGUGCUUUGAUAUAGAAAACCAUAGCUCUACUAUUACGGUGGAUACAGAAGUAGGAUCAGGAGGAUCCUUUAAUAUUAAUGGACAUAAUAACACAAUGAAGCUACAAGGAGCAGACUGACAUAAGAUUGUUAUAAUGGGCCAUAACAAUGUCGUCAGAGGAACAGAAAACUUUGAAAAGGUUCAUAAGUUGGUUGUCAUUGGGCACAACAACACUGUUAGAAAUUGCCAUAUCAAUAGAAUGGAGAUCUUAGGGCACAAUAAUACUUUCAAGCAUCUUCACCUUAAUAAGCAACCAGCGAAUAAUGGAUUUAAUAACAAAUUUUCUAAUGUUGGACUACUGGAUGAUGUUCCAGAGGAUGAUAGUACUGGGGAUCCUUCAGGUUAUUAUCAAUCAGCUAGUGAUACCAGUGAUUCUUCAAGUUCUCAAAGCGAUGAAGAUGGAUAUACAACUCAUAAUUUCGAGUUUAGCACCAACAUUAAUGCUAAUGUCCAGGAUCUCUUAAACAAUUUCGCUCCUCAAAACUUCCAGUCUUUCCAAUUCGAUUGUAGUGACGAAUCAUCUGACGAAGAGGAGGAGGAAGAGUAUGAACCCCAUCCAGAUAUCUAUCAUGAAGAUGAUUAUGAAGAAGAAGAAAAAGAUGAAGAAGCUCAUAUUUCAAAAGAAGAAAGACUAAAUAUUAUAAACUCUAUCAAUUCAUUCUCCUAUCGCACCAAAGACAAAUCUCAGAGUUGAGCUAUCUGCCUGUGAGGACUUGAGGAGGGUCAGCAGGUCAAAGCCUUGCCAUGUAACCACAUGUUCCAUCCAACAUGAAUCAAUAAAUGGUUGAUGAACAAAUUGAACUGCCCUUGCUGCAAACUCAAAAUCGAUCUAUCAUAAUUCUUAUAAAAAUUCUAUUUUUAGUAUCAAA